UUUGAUUGAGCAACGAGAUCGUGACCGCCUUUUGGAUAUAGUAUUAGGUGCCUGUAAGAAUUAUUUGCGUUUCAAUUUGGAAUCCGCUUUUGCUGAACGUAUGGAGGAUAUGUCAGCAAAAUUGACGGAUAACGAUUUAAGAAAUUUAUUCUAUGGUAAUUACAUCGAACCAGAUGCAAAUCCUCGCAUAUAUGAUGAAGUUGAAAACUACAAUAAAUUGGAGAAGCUAAUGACGUACUAUUUGCAUGAGUAUAAUGACUUUUCAAGCACACCAAUGGAUUUAGUACUAUUCCGUUUUGCUAUUGAACACAUAUCAAGAGUGUCUCGUGUUUUGCAAAUGCCGCGUGGUAAUAUUUUGAUGGUUGGUAUGGGUGGUUCUGGUAGGCGCAGUUCCUGUAGACUUGCUUCAAGCAUUGCUGAGUGCAAAUUAAUGACUGUACAAGUCACGAAAACUUAUACGCAACAAGACUGGAGAGAUGACUUAAAGAAAAUUUUAAUGACUUCUAGUUUCAAUCGAAAUCAUACCGUUUUUCUAUUUUCGGAUGCACAGGCAAUUGAUGAAGGUUUUAUUGAAGAUAUCAAUGGUAUAUUAAAUACAGGUGAUCUACCUAAUCUAUAUCAACUUGAAGAUAAAGCAUCAAUAAUGGAAAAUAUGCAAACUAUAUCCAAACAACAGGGUAAAGUUAUUGAUACUGCACCGAGUGAAGUGUACGCAUACUUCAUUGAAAGGAUACGUGAGCAAUUGCAUGUGGCAUUGGCCUUUUCACCAAUUGGUGAAUCCUUCAAGGAACGUUUAAGAAUGUAUCCAUCACUGAUAAACUGUUGCACGAUUGAUUG